CAGAUGAGAUAUUUGGCGUUGUGGAUGGUGGUGAUGAUGGUCAUAUUGCCAUCUUCUGCCGUCACAGCAAUUUCAAAUAUUUCUUUAGAAAACUGCCCGCAAACAUGUGGGAGCAUUAUUGUUCCUUACCCUUUUGGAAUUGGCCGCCUUGAAUGCGCCAAAAAUGAAUCCUUCCUGCUUCACUGCAACCAGAGUGGCCUUUUCCAGAAGGACAACCCAAUUUACAACAUAUCACUUGAAAACGGCACAUUGACCGUAGGCAUUCCGGCUGCCUACCAAUGCUACAACCAAACUCACCCGUUAGGGCAGCGUUUGAUCCUCAGCGUCGGGGGGCCCUACAGAAUCUCCCACACCCAAAACAGGUUGAUUGGUUUAGGCUGCGACACCGUGGCCUUAAUGAGUGACAAAGAGGGAAGGUUCGGAAGUGGGUGCCUUGCCGUCUGCAAUGACCGUGACGAUAUCGAAAUAGACGGUUCUUGCUCCGUUUUCGGAUGCUGCCAGACUACCAUCCCCAAGCACGUCCAUACAUUGAACGUUACGGCGGGUAGCUUAUAUAAUCACAGUUAUGUUUUGGAUUUCAAUCCCUGCAGUUAUGCUUAUGUGGUUGCAAAUUUCUUCGACAUCUCGGCAAUUAACUUCUUUGAUUACCCAGAAAAAACAAGAACGACGUUGCCUAUGGUGUUUGAAUGGGUGGUCGGAGAGCAGCACUGCCAAGCAAGAGAAGAUCCGUAUGGGUAUUCUUGCGGCCAUAAUGCUAGCUGCUCUUAUUACUUCGAUACCGGUGGUGGAUCUCGUUGCUCGUGUAACCGAGGGUUCACCGGAAAUCCUUAUCUCCUAAAUGGAUGCCAAGAUAUUGACGAGUGCAAAGAACCAAACAAGUAUCAUUGUCAAGGCACUUGCCGUAAUACUAUUGGGAAUUAUACAUGUGACUGCCCGCUCGGCAUGCGUGGUGAUGGCCGCAAACCUGACGGCUGCCGGGGACUUCGUCUGACCACCAUUGCAGCAGUUAUUGCAGCAAUCAUUGUUGUUAUAGUCAUCACCCUCUUUAUUCUCAUUAUUUGCCAAAAGAGGAAGAAGGAGAAAUAUUUUAGAGAAAAUGGUGGUAUGAUAUUGAAGCACCAAAGAAUCAGGAUUUUUAGCGAAGCAGAGUUAAUAAAGGCAACCAACAACUAUGACACUAGUCAAUUCCUUGGAGAAGGAGGCUUUGGUUCAGUUUACAAGGCAGUUGUAGCAGACAACAUCGAAGUUGCUGUUAAGAAGGCCAAAGAGGUGGACAAGGCAAGGAUAAACCAGGAAUUUCAGCAUGAAAUUGGCAUUGUUUCUCAGGUUAACCAUAAGAAUGUUGUGAAGCUCUUAGGCUUAUGUUUGGAGACCAAAGUUCCAUUGCUGGUUUAUGAGUUCAUUUCAAAUGGAACCCUUUACCAUCAUAUCCAUGACAAGCGAUCACAUGUUCUAAGGUCAUGGAAGAAUCGUCUGAGGAUUGCUACAGAGACUGCGCUUGCACUUGACUAUUUGCAUUCUUUAGCAGACCCACCAAUCAUCCACGGUGAUGUGAAGUCAAUGAACAUAUUGUUGGACGAUCAUUACACAGCCAAAGUAUCUGAUUUUGGGGCUUCUGUACUUAUCUCACCAAACCAAACUGGAAUAGGCUCCAAAAUACAAGGAACACUUGGCUAUUUGGAUCCGGAGUACCUAAUGACUGGUAAUUUGACAGCAAAGAGUGAUGUUUAUAGCUUUGGAGUCGUCUUGGUGGAGCUGUUGACUGGGGAGAAGCCUACUUCAGGUGUUAGAGAUGGGGAGAAGAGAAACAUCAUUCAGUAUUUCAUUUUAUCUGUUGAAGAUCAUUGUAUUGCCCAAGUUUUGAAUUUUGAGCCAACCAAUGAUGGGGAAAUGGAGGAAGUAGAAGCAGUUGCUGAGCUUGUGAAGAGAUGCCUCAAUGUUAGUGGCCUAAGAAGGCCAACUAUGAAAGAAGUUGCCGAGGAACUUGCAAGGCUAAAAAAGCUUAGCGAUAACUUUUGGGCUCAAGGGGAAAAUGAAGAAACUGAGUACUUGCUAGGAGAAUCCUCAUCAUAUACUAAUGAAUUUUUAAAUACCAAGAUGGAACAAAUGGAGACCUAUACGGUGCACACAACAUUUGACAUUGAACAGGCAUCAACUCUCGGCAUCUAGUCUUUCCUGCUACUAUAAGCUUCCAUGUGUGAUUAGUUACGACAUUUUCCUAAAAAAUGCUGAGCAUUUGUGAAGGCUUUCGUUGUUACUUGGUUCUUGGUUCUCUAUGUUUAUAUAAGAUAAGUGUUGUAUUUGCUAAAUUUGAUUUAAACAUGUCAAAAAGUCUAUAAAAAUAUGAUUUUUCU